AUGGCGGAAGGUGGAGGCUGCCGUGAGCGACCGGAUGCGGAGACCCAGAAAUCGGAGCUCGGGGCCUUGAUGAGGACCACGCUCCAACGAGGGGCGCAGUGCUGUUUUCUUUUUUCAGAUCCGGAGAGUCAGACCUUGAAAGAACAUUUAAUUGAUGAAUUGGAUUAUGUAUUGGUCCCAACCGAGGCCUGGAAUAAAUUACUCAACUGGUAUGGCUGUGUAGAAGGCCAGCAGCCCAUUGUCAGAAAAGUUGUGGAGCAUGGCCUGUUUGUCAAACACUGCAAAGUGGAGGUAUAUUUGCUGGAACUGAAGCUCUGUGAGAACAGUGACCCCACCAAUGUGCUGAGUUGCCAUUUCAGCAAGGCAGACACCAUUGCAACCAUCGAGAAGGAGAUGCGGAAGCUGUUCAACAUCCCUGCUGAGCGUGAAACACGGCUGUGGAACAAAUACAUGAGCAACACUUAUGAGCAGCUGAGCAAGCUAGACAACACUGUCCAGGAUGCGGGGCUGUACCAGGGUCAGGUGCUAGUAAUUGAGCCCCAAAAUGAAGAUGGCACAUGGCCGAGGCAGACCUUGCAGUCAAAUGGAUCUGCCUUCUCUGCUUCGUAUAAUUGUCAGGAGUCCCCAUCGUCUCACAUACAGCCUGGGCUCUGCGGACUUGGAAACCUGGGGAACACUUGCUUCAUGAACUCUGCUUUACAGUGCUUGAGCAACACCGCACCACUGACUGACUACUUUCUCAAAGAUGAGUAUGAGGCUGAGAUCAACAGAGACAAUCCUCUGGGAAUGAAAGGGGAAAUUGCAGAAGCCUAUGCAGAGCUCAUUAAACAGAUGUGGUCUGGAAGGGAUGCUCACGUGGCACCUCGCAUGUUCAAAACCCAAGUGGGACGUUUCGCCCCUCAGUUUUCUGGCUACCAGCAACAAGACUCUCAGGAGUUGUUAGCCUUUCUUCUAGAUGGAUUGCAUGAAGAUCUGAACCGUGUAAAGAAGAAGCCCUACCUGGAGCUGAAGGAUGCCAAUGGGCGGCCAGAUGCGGUGGUGGCAAAGGAAGCCUGGGAGAAUCACAGGUUGAGGAAUGACUCUGUGAUUGUGGACACAUUCCAUGGCCUCUUCAAAUCUACUUUGGUUUGCCCAGAAUGUGCUAAGGUUUCUGUGACCUUUGACCCAUUUUGCUAUCUAACUCUCCCACUGCCCCUGAAGAAAGAUAGAGUUAUGGAGGUCUUCCUGGUUCCUGCUGACCCUUGCUGCAGACCUACUCAGUACCGCGUGGUUGUGCCGCUGAUGGGGGCUGUGUCUGACCUGUGCGAGGCUCUCUCCAGGCUGUCUGGCAUUGCUGCAGAAAACAUGGUGGUCACAGAUGUAUAUAAUCACCGGUUCCACAAAAUUUUCCAAAUGGAUGAAGGUUUAAACCACAUCAUGCCUCGGGAUGACAUUUUUGUGUACGAGGUCUGCAGCACCUCCGCUGAUGGCUCUGAGUGUGUCACACUUCCAGUCUACUUCAGGGAAAGGAAGUCCAGGCCGUCAAGCACUUCUUCCGGGGCAGUGCUGUAUGGACAGCCACUGCUGGUUUCUGUUCCCAAGCACAAGCUAACCCUUGAGUCUUUGUACCAGGCUGUUUGUGAGCGUAUCAGCCGCUAUAUAAAACAGCCUUUGCCUGAUGAGUCUGGCAGCUCGCCCUUGGAGCCGGGGGCCUGCAAUGGCUCCAGGGGCAGCUGUGAAGGAGAAGAUGAAGAAGAAAUGGAGCAUCAGGACGAAGGCAGAGAGCAACUUUCAGACACAGAAGGCAGUGGGGAGGACGAGCUGGGAAAUGACUGUGGGGAGACCACCCAAAAGAAGGUCAAAGGCCAGUCCUGCCCGAAAAGGCUUUUUACCUUCAGCCUCGUGAACUCCUACGGAACAGCUGAUAUAAAUUCCCUUGCAACUGAUGGAAAACUACUUAAACUCAAUUCUCGAUCCACACUGGCCAUCGAUUGGGACAGUGAGACCCGGAGCCUUUAUUAUGAUGAGCAAGAAUCUGAGGCCUAUGAGAAGCACGUGAGCAUGUUGCAGCCUCAGAAGAAGAAGAAGACCGCGGUGGCGCUGAGAGACUGCAUCGAGCUCUUCACCACCAUGGAGACCCUUGGGGAGCAUGACCCCUGGUACUGUCCCAACUGUAAGAAGCAUCAACAGGCCACAAAGAAAUUUGACCUGUGGUCCUUGCCGAAGAUCUUGGUGGUCCACCUCAAACGUUUCUCCUACAAUAGAUACUGGAGGGAUAAGCUCGACACCGUUGUGGAAUUCCCCGUCAGAGCUCUGAACAUGUCCGAGUUUGUGUGUGACCUGUCAGCAAGGCCUUAUGUGUACGACCUCAUUGCCGUGUCUAAUCAUUAUGGAGCCAUGGGGGUUGGCCACUACACCGCAUACGCGAAGAACAAACUGAAUGGGAAAUGGUAUUAUUUUGAUGAUAGCAAUGUGUCCCUGGCCUCCGAGGAUCAAAUAGUGACAAAAGCAGCUUACGUGCUAUUUUACCAACGUCGAGAUGAUGAAUUUUAUAAGACACCUUCACUCAUCAGUUUUUCUGGAUCCUCUGAGGGAGGGACAAGCCCAAGCAGCUCACAGCAGGGCAUGGGGGACGAUGAGGCUUGCAGCAUGGACACCAACUGAUGCUGUCUCCGUGACUCUGCCACCCCACAGCACCAGUGUAAUCCCCCAGGAGAACAGCUUUGACACUCUGGAGACUUCUAGUCUAAAAACCAGAUGAGGAAAUUCCCUUUUAUGAGCAGAAGAAAAAAAAAAAAAAAAGAAAAGACCCUGUUUGCUCAGAA